UGCUGUUGCUGACCGUUUGGGCCUCCGCAUUUGCAUAAAUUACAACAGCAACGAAACAGUUUCAAGUUGCCGACAGCGCAGCCAGCAGACAGCGCAGCCAGCAAACUGCGCAUCGCAACAGCGCAUAUAAGCCAAGUGGAGCGCCAAGAAAUGCAAGCAUUGCCCUAAAGCAUUUCAAACCAAACGAUACGACGCGAACUCUAAACACGCAAGGAUUAAAAUACACACACACAACCAACACACACACACACACACACACACACACACACAAUCGAAAUCAAAUUCAAAAUGUUCAACAAGUCAUCAGUAAAAGUUUUGGCUGCCUUUGCCUUGUUGGCUCUGGUGCAGGUGCAGGCGCGUCCUCAGUACGGCUACGAGCAGCCCGGCCAGGAUUUGCAGCAGCAACUUGGCUUUGGCAAUCUCUCACCACAAAUUGUCGGCGGCGUGCCACAUCGCGGCGGCGACAAGUAUCUGCCCCCAGCCAGCACCACGCCCGCCCCGAUUAUCAACAAGAAGUUCUAUUUGAUUUCGGCACCCGAGGAUCAUGGCAAUGUUGAGAAGGUAAAGCAUCUGGUGCUGGGCAGGCCACAGAAGAACUAUCGCGUCGUCUUCAUCAAGGCGCCCGCCAGCGACACCGCCAACGUCAAAUACUCGGCCGAGUUUGCGCCACAGGAGGAGAAGACCGUCAUCUAUGUGCUGAGCAAGAAGGACACCGAUCUGGAUGCCAGCGACAUUGCCACACCCGCACCCACACAGCCCAGCAAGCCCGAGGUCUUCUUCAUCAAGUACAAGACCGACGAGGAGGCGCAACAGGCCCAGAAGGAAAUCCAGGGACAAUACGACAAGCUCGAUGGCCCCAAUGAGUACCACGAGGACAACAACGCUCCCGUCACCUCCGUCAUUGGCAGCCUCGACAGUCUCAAUCCCGAUGGCAGCUACAACUACCGCCAGGUCAACCGCGCUCCCCAGCAGCCCAACGCCCAGUAUCUGCCCAGCGCGCGCAAGCAUUAAGUCCUUCCACUCCCUUACACUCUCCCCCCCUUCCCU